AUGGCGGUGGAUAUCGAGAAAACAUUGUCGACGGUUGAGUCCGGCGAGGACCGUCACUCGUCGGGAAGGGAGUCCCCCAUCUUGGAGUCAAUUGGAGGAGUCCGGACAAAUCGGACAAAUCGAACUCGGAGUCGCAGCCGGCACUCGGCCACCUCGAGCAGAUUCAACAACGAUGACUAUACCUGGAACCUGGAGCGUGCCGCUACGGCAACUGUCGAAACAGAGAUUGAGCGCGCUGCUCGCGAGCCAAUCACUUACACAAGAUCAGGAGCCAGCAUGAGCAGCGUGGCGUCUAGGCCUCCCGAAUAUGAAGUUUACUUUGAGGAUAACGAUCCCGACAAUCCAUUGAACUGGUCCUUGCUUUAUCGAGCCUGGACAAUCGGAGUCGUCUCCUUCGCUACAUGGCUUGCGGUCUUAUACAGCACCAGCUACACGGCCUUCAUACCCGGGCUGAUGGAAGAAUUCGAUGCCUCAGAAACAGUCGCCACUCUGGGUGUCACAACCUAUCUCUUGGGUCUUGCUGUUGGAAGCUUGGUUUUAGCGCCGUUGAGUGAGGUAUACGGUCGACAGCCUGUGUAUAUUGUUUGCAUGACUGUAUGGACCAUCCUCAUUAUCCCCUGUGCUAUUGGGCCUUCAUUAACGACCCUUAUCGUCGUUCGCUUCUUUGGAGCCCUCUUUGGCGCUGUUAUGAUCUCGAAUACCCCGGGUACAGUUGUCGACAUUAGCAACCCCGAAUAUCUCUCUCUCGGAAUAUCCAUAUACAGCAUUGCUCCGCUCAACGGCCCUGUUUUGGGUCCUCUGAUCGGUGGUUUUAUCUUCCAGUAUAAGGGAUGGAGAUGGACAAAUUGGGUGAGCCUCAUCAUCGCGGGCGCAACCAUCUUCGCCAUUCUUUCACUGAGGGAGACGUACCCUCCAGCCAUUCUCAAGAAAAAGGCUGCCCGACUUCGAAAGGAGAAAGACGACCCUCGAUAUUGGUGCCAGUACGACCAAAAGAUCUCGACGCUGAGCCUUCUCAAGAUCAACAUGAGUCGCCCCUUUGUGCUGGCUGCUACUGAGCCAAUCCUGUGGUUCAUGAACUUUUGGAUUUCUCUCAUUUAUGGUAUUCUCUACCUUUGCUUCGUCGCUUAUCCCAUUGUAUUCACUCAGUAUCGCGGAUGGGGAUAUGGGCUUUCGGGACUGUCGUUCCUCGGAAUUGGCUGCGGCAUCCUCAUCGCCAUUUCUUUCGAGCCAGUGAUUAGACGGUUUAUUUGCAGCCAGCCUCGCGACCCGGUGACUGGGAAAGUUCUCCCAGAAGCUGCAGCCCUCAUAAUGGGCCUGGGAGCCAUUCUAACCAGCAUUGGCCAACUCGGCUUCUCUUGGACCUGUUUACCAACACACAUCCACUGGAUUGCGCCCAUCAUAUUUGGAAUUCCCUUUGGCGCGGGCAACACGCUCUGCUUCAUCUACGGCAACAACUACCUGGCCGGCUCAUACAGUAUCUAUGCAGCCAGUGCGCUUGCUAGCAAUGCCGUCUUCCGAAGCAUUGUUGGAGGAACUCUGCCGUUGGCUGGGCCCAAGAUGUACGAAACGCUAUCGCCGCAGUGGGCGGGAACCCUACUCGGCUUGCUCGAAGUGAUCUGCAUCCCGAUUCCGUUUGUGUUCUGGCGGUAUGGCGGCAAGAUUCGAGCCAAGAGCAGAGUCAUUCAACAGUUGCAAAAUGAGCUGGACGAGAUGGAGCGGAAAAGAGCUAGAAACGAUGAGAGACGUGCAAGACGUGCAAGACGUGAGGCGGAGAAUGCUGAACGACGCGCGAGUGACGAUGAUCUCAGCACCGACGAUGAAACGGACAGCGAAGACGGUGCAUCUGAAAGACGCGAGAGCGUGCCUCACAGCGUUGAGGAGAAAAAAGAAGCCACUGCCACUGUGAAGAAUGAGUGA